AGUGAUAUUUUCAGCGGUUGUAGGAUCCCGUCUGUCCCUCCAAACCCGGAUGUUCGAGGCCAAGGAUGGACCGAAAGCAGCAAAGAAUCUCUUCUUGGUGGAUUAUCGUCCUUAUCUCAGUUUCUACACUCGCAGAAAGCCGGUUAGUGUACAGCCGAGGCCCCAGUUCAUUAAAUUCCUACACCCCGACCAGCACUCAAGCUAACAUCCACCCCGAAGUAUCUGCUGGCAGACAGCAGCAAAGCGGGAAGCUAAGUGUGCGGCCUCGGCCUGUCGUGGUCAAGUGCCAUCCGGACUCGAUGGAAGUUGUGGUGCAGGCUGACAUGUUUGAUUCAGGCCUUCAGGUGGACGGCAAACAUCUGCGCCUGGGCUCAGGUUCAGUAGCUGCGGAUAGUGCAUGCAGGGCGGUCCCGUUAGGAGUGGCUGAAUUCACUAUCCGGGCCCACCUGAUGCACUGUGGCACCAAGCUCUCAUCGACAAAAGAGAAGAUUAUCUAUUCUAAUGUUCUGGUCUACUCACCUGAAGCUUCAUCUGAUGGUUUACUUAGAUUGGAUGGAGCAACAAUUCCAGUUGAAUGCCAUUAUGAAAAGAAGUAUGCUGUAGAUAGCUUUUCUCUGCAUCCCACCUGGGUUCCUUUUGUCUCCACAACCUCUGCAGAGGACCGAAUAGAAUUCAAUCUGCGACUUAUGACUGAUGACUGGCAGUUUGAGAGGGGAUCUUAUUCAUAUUUCCUGGGUGAUCCCAUUCAUUUUGAAGUCUCUGCCAUAAUUGGUAACCACAUGCCCCUGCGAGUCUAUGUUGACCACUGUGUUGCCACAGCAACUCCUGAUGCAGAUGCAACUGUAAGAUAUGACUUUAUAGAGCAUUAUGGAUGUCUCACUGAGGCUUACCUGACAAACUCCAGCUCCCGUUUCCUACCAAGAGCUCAGCAACAUAAACUGAGAUUUCAGAUAGAUGCCUUCAGGUUUUACCAGGAACCUAGCAACCAGGUCUACAUAACCUGUUACGUGAAGGCUGUUCCAGUCAUGCUAACUGUCAGCUCACAAAACAGGGCCUGCUCUUUGAUUGGGAACAGAUGGAGGUCAGUCGAUGGGAAUGACCAGGCAUGUAGAAGCUGCGAUAUCUCUCAUCGGGUCAAGGAGCCUCCAUCCACAGAAGCCCCUACAACUAUCAUCAGCACCAAAGCCUGGUCCACCACGAUAUCACAGGAGAAUUUAGUCCAGAACAGACCUGAACAACAUCCAGCCAGUUAUAUCCGUUUCCGUCCAGGAAUGCACCAAAACCAGCACAACAGACCACAUCAAUCCUCUGCUAGAUUAACGAGGAGAGGAACAGAAAGUAAAGCAGAGAAAACUAUGCAGCUUGGGCCCCUUAUUGUCCUACCACCCAGUAAAGUUGUAAUAAGACCAACAGAUUCUAAAACAAUACUUUCACCAAAGAACAAGACCACCUGAGACAGUAGCACACUGGAGACUGAAAAAAAAAACAAAACAAAAAAAACAAUUAUUUCACUGCUGCUGUGAACAGGACAAACAUUUUCAACACAAAUGACAAACCCAGCAAAUGCAGAGAUUAAUCUCAUCAUUCAUUUGUCAUCUCACUUGAAAUAGCUUUUCCAGUGAGCUUUACUGUCUGUCAUUUUCAGAUGAUCAGAACUCACCAUUUUCCAUGUACUUGAUGUAAAUGAUUUUUUGUUACACUCCCCAACUUUUCUGUCCAAAUUACAAAUCAUUUCUCCAAUAAAUAUUUUACCACAUUACCUCAGCACUAUUUGUUGCAUCUGUCUUAUGUAAGAACACAUAAACAUUACAAUUUUCUCCAUUAUUCAAUAUCUGAUCUUUACAAAAUCAAACGUCCCGUAGUUCUUGGCCAAGAACUUGAUAUGGCUUCAGCAAACAAUUUAAUUAGUAUUGGAUUUUAAGCACUCAGACUCAUUAGGCCCAAGCAGCAGAAGUGGAUGUCAAAAGGAUGCAUUGUGCUUUUGUGUUUAAAAUACACAAAGGCACAAUACAUGAACAAUACACAACACACAAUGCAUCCUUUUGACAUCCACCACACAGAUCCAUCAAACAUAAUAAUGGCUAUUUUGAAUUAAGGAGAGAGGCAGACAUGCUAUUAGGGAGCACUUCCCUCCAUUACUACCCACAACCUACUCACCAUGUAGUCACAUAAUUGAUUAAUCACUGAGAGGGUAUAUAAUGGAAGAGAAAAUGUUUGCUUUGCCUGCCACGACCAGUAAAAUGAUUAGUCAUGUUUUUCUGUAGUAAAAGCAGUAAAAAAUAAAAUAUAUACAUUUUUGAACAUUUUUGGUCACUCAAGUCACUUAUGAGUUGUUGUUGUCCCAGACUAAACUCAAGAAAAAAAUGCUUAUAACAAGCUAUUGUGAGUAAAGAACGUAUCCCUGUUGUUUUUUGGUGUAUUGUUGCAGUCUACCCAAGCCUUUUAUUGUGAGUUUCAGCAAAAGUCCUUGUUGACAGGGGCAGCACUUUGAACAUCAUAUGGACUAAUCACCUGAAAUGGAAAUAGACCAAACCAUUGCAGCCUUUUAAGAGAUGACCUAACUUGACCCCUCAAUGUACGCAAAGCAGUAUUAAUAUUGCAAAUGGAAAUAGAUCUUUGUGCUCAGGCCAGCUAGUACAUUUAAGUUAUUUGCGUUUAGUUGUGUCAGCACCUCGAUCAGCGCCCCUCAUUGUUUUCCUCAGAGGGCGUGUUGAGCACUGUCCGUGGUCCUGAAACAACAACCCUGGCUUCCCCAGUCUCGCUUGUUUUUAUGUCCCCCCUCCUCCCACCUUCAUAAUUAAUCAGAAGUCAUUCCUCGGUGCUUCCGAUGCGACUGGUCGAUUUCCUGGGCGCCUGUUUACUUCCAUAUCAAAUGAAUAUGCCAUUGUAUCUAAGACCAGUUUACGAUUUGCUUGACGACAUCAAUACACCUGCUAAGUGCAUAAUAAAUCCCGGGCACACUGAAGUACACUUAGGAGUUAAUGUCAAGCUCAUUGGCAUAUUCAUGUGUUGCAGAGACAGUACAUGCACAAUGAGCUGUCUGAGCUGAGUGGCCCCAUUUGUGCUUUGAUGAAUACUGAGUGUGGACUAUUCUAUGUGCGAGCGUAUGGAUGUAUGAUCGU